AUGAGUCGAUUGGGGGACUUCAUGCCUUCCAAGAUUGCGAUAAAAAAGUCCUUCGCUCCUAAAAAUCCAUCCCCUCUCGAUGGUGUCACCGGAAUCUAUGGUGUUGUCAGAAUCUAUGGUGUCGCUAGAAUCAAUGGUUUAAGCCAAGAAUGUGGCUUGGACAAUCUGAACAUAGAUCAACAUCGGACGGAUAGGAUAAUACAAGGUAAACCAGAAUGGAACGUGACAGUGAUCAACACCUGCAAUUGUUUCCUACAAGGCAUAGCUUUGUCAUGUGCGGGAUUCAAAACAGCUGAACCAGUUGAUCCUGCAAUUUUUAAACCAAUUGACUAUGGACUUUGUGCCAUCCUUCCAAACAAAUUCUUGAAACCUCAUGGCACUAUCAAGUUCGCCUAUGCUUGGGACCCUCCUUUUUUUAUGUUCCCUCGGAGAGUUAUCAGUGUCUGUUGA